GAAGCAGGCUCCAGGCUCUGAGCUGUCAGCACAGAGCCCGACACGGGACUCAAACUCACGAACCGUGAGAUCAUAACCGGAGCCGAAGUUGGACGCUUAACUGACUGAGUCACCCCAAGCAAAACUAUCUUCUAAAAUAGGAUGUCCUUGGACAUUAUUACUACCUCACAAGGAGGUGCCUGUGCCAUUAUCAAGCCAAAAUGUUCUGAGCUCAUACCUUAUGAGUAUGCUAAUGUAGAUCUUUAUCGAAUCACAUGAGGACACAGGUGAAAAUGCCCUGAGUGAUCCAACCCCAGGCUAGAAGAUUGAAUAAAUCAAUGGCUUGGAUCCUAGGGCUCUUAACAGAAAGAGGUGUCACUAAUUUGGGGAAUUACUGUCUUAAUCUGUGUUUUCUCUAACAGGUGCCUGUAUUGUUGCUGUGGCAUCCUCCUCCGAUGCAGCAGAUAGCCAUCAAAAGAGCCACCUCCACGUUAAUGAAACCCCUUGCUGACCAUUCAGGCAUGUGAGAUUGUAAGAGCCUGUUACUGAGGGUGGCACAUUGGGGAAUGUCAUCAAAAAGACAUGCCCGCCCGCCCGUUGACCUGUGAGCACACUGAGGCUCCUCACCCGCGCCCCUGUCCUUGGAAUACAGGUUCCGCUUGCCUUUCCUGCUCCCAGAGGCUGCUCCAAGGACAUAAACUUGAGGUGGUGAUGUGGUGGUAAAAACAUCUGCACGGUAUUAUGUGCCUGAGCCCAGUUAGGGCCUCUUGAUAAGCUUUUUAAGAUGUGGAGGGCAGCCACAGGGAUCCAUUCGUCUUGCUGCUGUCCAAGACGAGCCUCAUAUGUAAGUUCCCUUUGCUGUUUUGUUAAAACUGCCACCUACCAACCUGGUUGGAGUGGCUGCCUCUGUCUUUGGUCUCUCCCCGCCCUCUGUGCAUGGGGGCCAGUUUCAGAGCACCCCAGGAGAGCUCCCUAACCCGCACCAUUCCAACCAUGUUGCUCAGUCAUCUCUUUCAAAGCCCCCUGCUUCUCAUUUGGGGGACUGCUUCCACGUUUAUACUCCACGAGGAGUACAAAGGCCACGACACAAAGACAGGUGUAGAGUGCUGAGGGGGUGUCUGUGAGUUUGAGGGAGUGAUGAUAUUUACUUGAUUGAGUCAGCAGGUCUGCUGGGGGCAUGAGGCACUGGCUUGCCAGGGGAGGUGUUCACCGCGGUCUUUCUCCUUCACCCGACCUUCAUGUCCCCAGUGGCCCAGACUGCUCAGCCCCUCCCACGCCAUCACCUCUGCCCUGAGGCAGGGUCCGCCUUGCUGAGAGGCUGGACCUGAGCCACCAGUUGGAGGAAGGUACUCCUGCCGGGCAGUGACUGCCGUCAUGGCCCUGCUGCUGCUCUCUCGCCUGUGCCUCCUCGCCCGCUGGCCACGUGGCAUUCCUGGGCUCGCUCUGCUGCCGCUGCUGGUGCUGCCACUCUGGGCAGGGGCCCACUGCCCUUGCCAGGAUCCAGCGUUGUGCCAACCCCUCCGCCACCACCCUGACUUCGAGGUCUUUGUGUUUGAUGUUGGAUAUAAAACUUGGAAAUUUUAUGACUGGUCACAGAUUACAACUGUAGUAAUUUUUGGAAAAUAUGAUCCAGAACUUAUGUGCUAUGCUCAUUCACAUGGAGCCAGAGUAGUGCUAAAAGGAGAUAUACCCUUAAAAGAUAUAAUUGAUCCUACUUUCAGAGCAUCCUGGAUAGCUCAAAAAGUUAAGUUGGCCAAAGCACAAUAUAUGGACGGAAUGAAUAUAGACAUAGAGCAAGAAGCUAAUUGUUUUUCACCUGAAUAUUAUGCAUUAACUGCUUUAGUCAAAGAAGCCACAGACUCUUUCCAUCGUGAAAUUAAGGGAUCACAGGUAACCUUUGAUGUAACUUGGUCUCCAAAGUGCAAAGACAGGUGCUAUAAUUACACUGGAAUUGCAGAUGCUUGUGACUUUCUCUUUGUGAUGUCUUACGAUGAACAAAGUCCGGCCUUGUCAGAAUGUAUUGCAGCAGCCAAUGCUCCCUAUAAGGAAACAUUAACUGGGUAUGAUGACUACAUCAAGAUCGGCAUUAACCCUGAGAAACUUGUAAUGGGUAUCCCCUGGUAUGGUUAUGACUAUACCUGUCUAAAGCUAUUAGAGGAUCGUGUUUGUACCAUUCCAAAAGUCCCUUCCUGGAGGGCCUCUUGUGGUAUUGCUUCAGGAAAGCAGGUGCCCUAUAAAAUAAUUAUGAAGCACGUAAAUAGUUCUGGAAGCCACUGGGAUAAAAAUCAGCAGGCCUCUUACUAUAACUAUAAAGAUUCUUCUGGCCAUUUGCAUCAAGUGUGGUAUGAUAACCCUCAGAGCAUUUCUUUAAAGGCAGCAUACAUACAAAAGCAUGGCUUACGAGGCAUUGGCAUGUGGCACGCAAAUUGUCUUGACUACUCUGGAGAUGCUGUAGCCAAACAGCAAACCGAAGAAAUGUGGAAAGUCUUAAACCCAAAGCUGUGACAGAUGAGCAUCUUUUGUCAAACUAAGAUUUAGAAAAAUGAUCUGUAUAAACAGAUCCGUUUCUUGAAAAAAUGAAAAUGUAUACAUUUUUGUCAUAUAAUUUAGUUAUAUUUAAAAGCAAUUAAAAGCAGAUAAAUGCUUUGGUUAUCUAAAAACAAAGGUAAGAAGUCAACUUGCUAUAUUUAUUCUUCUGUGUUUAAUACUAUAAUUAGGAAAAAUUGUUUUCAGAAUUUUAUUGCUGAUUUUUAAAAUAUGUAUAAUUUGAAUUGGAAAUUAUUUGCUUAGACUAGAUUUUUUAAAACCUAGUCUUUGAGAAGCAGUUAGCUCUGUACUUUUUGUUCCAAAAAUUUUUCUGCUUCCUGAUUUCAUAUAGUACUCAAAUUCUCUGAAAGCCUCCAGAGGAAAAAAUAAAAUAUAAGUCAUAUUUGGAAUUAGUAUGUUAGAACUACCUAAUAUUUUUUACCUAAAUUAUUUUUAUGAGGUUAUAGCAGAAACUUUCAGGAAAAACUUAGUGUUGAACAUGAUUCUAUUAAUAUUCCUUCAUUUAUGAA